UGAGGUGAUGGAGGAACUCUGCUUCCCACAACUCCUCAACUCCUCCUGCAGGACACCAGAUCCUCCUGGCUCUGGGACUGUGGUUGUUUACGUCCUGCUGUACAUCAUCUCUGUGCUCACUGCAGCUCUCAACCUGCUGGUCAUCAUCUCCAUCUCACACUUCAGGCAGCUCCACACUCCCACCAACUUCCUCCUGCUCUCGCUGGCCGUCUCAGACUUUUUCGUGGGGUUUCUGGUGAUGCCGGUUGAAAUCCUCCUCAUGCAGACCUGCUGGAUGCUGGGUGACCUAAUGUGUGCUCUGUAUUACCUACUGCCCUUCACCAUCAUUAGUGCCUCUGUAGGAAACAUGGUGCUCAUAUCUGCUGACCGCUAUGUGGCCAUUUGUGACCCUCUGCACUACCCCACCAGAAUCACUAAGAAAAGAGUCAGAAUCUCUGUUUGUGUGUGUUGGUUCUACUCUCUGUUCAUAAGCAUUGUCAUUUUUUACAAUCACUUGAAGCAACUGGGCAGGUAUAAUUCUUGCUAUGGGGAAUGUCUGAUUGACAUUGCAGGUGAUGUUGAUCUUGCUUUUAAUUUCAUUCUUCCCAUUACAGUAAUUGUUGUUCUGUAUAUGAGAAUAUUUUUGGUGGCCGUGUCUAUGGCUCGUGCCAUGCGAUCCCAGGUUCUGGUUGUCACACGGCAACAUUCGAGGACUGUGAAAAGUUGUAAAUCUGAGAGGAAAGCAGCCAGGACUCUCAGUAUUGUUGUUUUUGUGUUCUUGAUGUGUUACUGCCCGUACUACUGCGUCUCUCUAACAGGCAGCACAAUACUGGUUGGCACCUCAGUUGAGGUCUUUAUGGCUUUUCUCAUAUAUUUGAACUCCUGUCUGAACCCGAUCAUCUACGCUUUUUUCUACCCCUGGUUCAGGAAAUGCCUCAGACUCAUCGUUACACUUCAUAUAUUGCAGUCUGGCUCCUGUGAGGCCAACGUGCUGUGAAGUUACUAAAAUGAGUCUCUGAAAGAACAAAUAUAUUUCUACAGAACAGUAACUGUAAGAAGAUGAAAUUUGGUAAGGCCACACAAAAAUCAGAGAAAGAAGCGUAAUGCAUUCAGUCUCUCAGGCAUUCUGUCUGUUAAAUAUUUAUUCUGCUGUUGGAUUUUCUAACGUAAGAUUAUUCCUGCUGAACCAACAGGCAGGAUUUCUCUGCUCGCAUCUUUCCUGUCUUUUCAUGACACUGAUCUCUUUAAAUGUGCACAUGGCACUUUUUAAAGCAAUGAUAAAAGAAUUAAUUGGAUUGAUUCAUAAACCCCUGAACUGUUACAGAUCAGAUGUGUUUCAGCAAAAUGUCUGCUAUCACACAAAACUUUCUGCACAUUUAGAUCAAACCAUGAUUAUCUGUGUUUUACAGGUGGAAGAAAAAACACCUGUCAGAGGUAUUGUUGUAUCUAUUAUAGACAUCACACUGUUUGUUCAAAAUAUAAGUCUUUUGCAAAUUUGUUGUGUUUUUAUUGGGGGCACAAAUGCAUUUAUUGAGAGGAGUCUAUUCCCAAUGUCCCCUCUGAAAUCUCUGCCUACACAACACUGGGAGAUUUAGCUUGAGUUUGUCCCAGUUUCACAUUAACGCUCAAAGUUUUGACGAUGGCAGCAAAAAACAGAUUUUCAGUGUCUCUGCCCUGACAUUAAUGAUCUUUGGCUUUUCAUCUCAAAAAAAUAGCAACCUUUACUGACUCUUAAUUUUCAACAGGUCCAGUGUUGAAAAUGCUGCAGAGCCUUCAUUCACUGUAAAGUACAAAAGGUCACUCUGGGGUCUCUCCACCCAUGAAUCACUGGAAAAUCCGAGGACUUGGGCGGCAAAUUAUUUCUUGAAAUUCCCAGUAGAAAACCCUCCCAACAUUCAGUCAGUCACAGCUGCAAAAUGAACAACCUUGGUCUCUGUGGAUCCGAGACACAUAGAGGAAUUUUGAAAUAACAAUCAGUCUCAGUGUUUCCAUCAGCAGAUCGGAGUGAGAUCUGAAAAACUGCAGCAAAAACCUGCUUCUGACCAAUGAAAACUGGAAAUUAGAGAGUAAAUAACAGCCUUAAAACAAUGAGUCAGUGACACUGAUGUGACUGAAAUUGCUCGAAAAACUCUCAACUUCAGCUCUACCAAAUGUGAUGCUCCUGACAAGUUUUUAUUUCUACUGAAUCAAAACCAGUGUGGUAAAGCCAAAGCACAUUUACUCAAGUGCUGCAUUUAAAUAUAGUUUUCAAGUACUUGUUCUUUUCUUGAGUCUUUUC